AUGGAUCCCCUUAAGUAUCUCUUUGAGAAAUCCACAUUCAAUGGAAGAAUAUCCAGAUGGAUAGUAAACUUAGUUCAAUUCGACCUAAGAUUCAUGCCCCAAAAGGCCAUCAAAGGAUCUGCGGUCUCGGAUUUCUUAGCAGACUUUCCAAUUGAGGAUUCAACACCAGCACAAGGGUAUGACUUCCCAAAUGAAGAGUUGAUGGUCACUGAGGAUGAUACUUGGACAUUAUACUUUGACGGCGCAUCCAACCAGAAAGGGUGUGGCAUAGGAGUCUUAUUAGUAUCACCUAAGGAAGAACAUGUCCCAAUCUCAAUCAAGCUUGACUUCGACGUUACCAACAAUGCUAUUUCCAAAAGAUGGAAAAUAAGAAGUGAAAGUCUAGCUCCCUAUCAAACCUAUUUGAAAACAUUUACUGACCAACUCGAAAAGGUAGAAUACACAUAUCAACCAAGAGAAGAAAACCAGUUAGCUGAUGUUUUGGCAAGACUAGCCUCAAUAGUUAGGAUUCCUAAGGAAAUUGAGCAAAUACCUUUAACUACAGAAAAAAGGCAUAAGCCUGCUUAUAUUCAGGCUAUUGAGGAUGAAGAAGUAACCCAAGAAGAAGAAGAAGAAGAAGAAGAAGAAAAACCUUGGUAUAUAGACAUCCUCAAUUAUGUCACCAAAGGGGAAUAUCCACGUAUUGCUGACAAAAGUGCAAAGCGUGCUUUAAGACUCUUAGCCUCACAGUAUGUGCUCAUAAAUGAUGAACUCCAUAAAAGAGUACCUAAAGGCAGAGCUCUCCUAUGUUUAGGCAAAAAGGAAGCUUAA